AUGCAUGCAACAUGCACUACGUUUCUGUGGCAAGCAGUAAAAGCUAAAGAAACAAAUGGGGAUUGCUUUGAUCCGGAAAGAGGCAAUUAUUAUAGUCCUAAAUUUCGCUUUUGCGUAUAUGCGAUUAAUUACGAAUUAAAUGAUGGCGUCUUUACUUUUGACGAUAAAUUAUAUUUUAAUAACGCUCAAUUAUAUAAUGAUAGCGAUAUAACGAUAGAUGAAUUUGAAAUAGCAGCAAAACCUUUAUGUGAUGCAAUUACAGAUAUUAAUGCAACAUAUUACUAUGGCGCUUGGGUUAAAACGAAAAUGGACACUUACAAAGAUAUGUUUAUGGGAUGUUGUAUAUUUUGCCAGGCGUUAAGUAGAAUCGAUUGGCUUAUCACAUUAAAAAUUCAAAUAAUAAAUCUAUCGAAAUUUGCUCUACUACGAAAAGAUAUGCUAAUAUAUCGAAAAAAAAUGCUUCAUUCUUUUUAUGAUACGAUCUAUAUAUCGGGUGGUUUUGCUAGAAUUCCGGCAUGUGAAUCAUCAAACUAUAACCUUAUUCCUGUGUUACUUCGAAAUCGUGUUGGAUUCGCAAGUGCUUUCGAAAGAUCAACUUGGGAAAGUUUACUGUUACGUGCCAUUGCACCACCACGUCAAAAGAAUCCUGCGUACAUAGGACAAUACACGUCCGCUAUUGCUAACAAAUACAAACGAAACCAUUGCCUAAAUUCAUAUACAUUUAUACCUUACAGCGUAUGCCAUAUAUACGUGUUAUUGUCGAAACAUUAUGGCUAUGAAUGUUGUUGCUACGGUAGCAAAAUUCCACUUUGUCAAGAACGGAUAAGGAAUACAAUAAUAACUGGUGCAAGUGCUGGCCUUCAAAGAGCAAAAAAAGCUUGUGUUAUUGAUAAGGAUAGUGUUAAUUAUCAAUCAGAGAUCAAUUUUAAUACUGAUGGGAUAGAAUACAAAGGCGAUGUAUUCGAUUUAAUGAAUGAUAUGGAACAAAAUAAUUUGAACAGUAUGAAUGAUUAUGAGAUAAAAGAAAUGAGUUAUUAUACAGAUUUAAUUAAUGUAAGCUUAAAUGCUACCAACUUAUUCGAAUGUAUGGAUUUCAGUAGUUGGGAUUCUCGAGAGCAUGAUAUCUUGCAAUUUAUUUGCGCGCAACUUUUGCCAUUGGAUGCACAAUGUCCAUUUAGUAGUUCUAAAAUUUUCAAGCAACAUCAGCAUAUUAUGUGUUGUUGUGGUCAUCGGUCAUUUUGCAACUAUAAUCCUGAUAUUAUAAAACGUGCAUCUACAAAAUCAAUUCCUAAUUUAUGUGAAUAUAACAACGAAUAUCAGUAUUUUUUACAUGAUUAUUUUUAUCCCACUCAACCGGAUGUUAAUCAUACAUGUUUAUUGCAUUUCGUUUCCGGAAAUGCUCUAAAUGAUAUGAAUAAUUUUUUCCCACAAGAAGAUUCUAUCGUUUAUUUUUUACCCGGUUCUGCUAUACAACCAAUUGAUUUCUCAUACGCAUUAUUAGAACCUAACAAAUGUGACUAUCUCGAUGUUAACUUGAAGGAUGAUUAUCUUCGAACUCGUUAUUGCUAUGGAUCAACCAAAUUUCUGAAAUAUUUCGAAACGGAAUUCAUGCCGAUGAGAUUAUUUGCAUGUCGAUGUCAAACAGCUCCUGGUGAUAAUGUACCCUGUGAUAGCAUGCUGAAGCAUAAUAUCGCUAAAAAAGCUAAAAAUUCAGAUCGAAAGUAUUAUUGUGCUACAUAUAAUCGUCAGCAUUCAGUGAAAUUCAAUCAAAGACCAAAAUUUGAAGUAAAUGAUUUAUCAUCAUAUUGUGUAACAAUAUUGGAUUUCAAAGUCAUUGGUGACAAAAUUUAUUAUACAUUUAAUGGACAUAUUGCACGUAGAACACUUAUAAAUAAAGUGAAAUUUCGAUUAGCAAUGAUUCCAUAUACGAUGUACACAUUGUCAGGUGAUGCAACACAACUAUGCAUGCAUCUUGUGAAAGGUGAAAUGAUUUUGUGCAUUUGUCGCAAUGACUAUACAAAUCGAGAACCUUGCAAUUUGAAUCCUUAUGAGAAAGGAAGAGCUUUACAACUUGCCCUCCAUGAAACAAGCUUAUCUAAAAGUAGAAAACUGUUUCCAAAUGGACUUGCAGCGUAUACGACGUCAAAAAAGCCUAAAUUUUGUCACAGUGAAAGCAUUUUCAGUACUAUCAUUACUAAUGGUCGAGAUCUUCUCUGCGCCGAAAAAAUGUUACAGGAGGAAUGUGGUAUAAUGUCAGAAUCAGAUUUAAUGAGUGGUAUCAAUAAUGAAAUGAUCGUUUGUUGCUGUGGUGAUAAUUGUGAUUCAGUUGGUUCACAGUUGCAUGAAUUGACAUAUAAUUAUCAAUGA